GGGAAUCCCUGACGACAUCGGACAUGUUGCAACGUGGGAAAACACCUGCGGUGGCGUCGAGGCCGGGAAGUGGAACCUCAACAUCAACAUCAUCUACAUUGUCCAACUUUCCCAUGUUGACCAAGAACGCGGAACUAGUAGAUAAUGUAGUUAGUGGUGCAACUAUGAAGAGCACUGCCAAUAUCCUUUCUCAACACUGCUCUGAGUUACUACACUUGCAACCGCAACAAAAGAAAGUGGUGAUAAAGACGUCAAUUCCACCGAGUAACAGCAAGAAUGACCACGACAAAGCAAUAAAAACGGGUGAAGGUGACGACAGCACUGACGCAGAUGGGUGGACCACGGUGGCCGCGAAGCCACGAGGCGGUGCA